UGAUAACGAUGCGAUGUUGAUGAAUAUUGAUAUGAUUGAAAUUGGAGUGUGAGAGCCCACACAUAUUGGCGCCGUACGUCAACGGUCAACACUAUUGUCCUUGGGCAGGCAGCCUGUAGGGCUUAUCUGUACAUUCACCGGCGAUACGCCUCAUUCCAUUGCAGAACGGCACAGCAGGCGCCCCGCGCGACUUGCCCGCACAUUGACUGGCACACGCGCUACGUUGUUUUGUUUACUUACACGCAACGCCGCCGACUCGCCGCCUGUUGAAAAAUAGUGUUUUGUAGUGGAUGUGUUCAAUCAUUGUCACGAUUAUUGGAUUCAUAUAGUUUGUGCAAAAUGUUGAUCACUGUUAUUCUCUUAGUAAUAAUAUUUGUUCUUACGUUCCUUUUGGGAAUUUAUCACUACUCUACCGGCGGACGGAAGUACUGGGAGAAACGGAAUGUGCCUUACAGAGAACCAUGUCCUAUAUUUGGAAAUUUCGGGGCGACACUAACCAUGAGGAAAAGCUACGCUGACACACUGCAGGUCUUGUAUCAUAAAUUCAGGCAGGAAAAAUAUGUGGGCAUAUUUCAAGCGCGAAGACCGACUUUGAUGAUAAUAGAUCUGGAUAUAGUGAAAAAUAUAUGUACCAAGGAGUUUCAAUGUUUCAGUGAUCGUAUAUCGGCUAAUACGGACAUAAAGCGGGAACCUCUACUUCGCAAUUUGGCCAACAUGAGCGGUUCUGAGUGGAAAUCGAUGCGACAAAUUGUCACUCCUACAUUUUCUUCAGCUAAGAUGAAAGCUAUGUUUCCUUUAAUCGCAGAGUGUGCGGAGACAUUGAAAAGUGUUUUACUGCAGGGCUCCCUGGAGGAAGUCGACGUACCUGAUCUGAUGAGUCGCUACACGACUGAUGUUAUCGGCAGUUGUGCUUUUGGGGUUAAUCCGGAUUCCUUAAAAAAUGCCGACUCGCCUUUUCUGAAAAUGGCCCAAAAAGCUCUCGAACCCUCACGGUCACGCAUAUUGAAACGAUAUACCCGUACAUUUUUUCCUAGGUUGUUUAGAAUGUUAAAUUUAGUCAGUUAUUCCCGCGAAAUAGAGGUCUUCUUCACCCGUAUUAUAAAGCAAGUUCUUGAUGAGAGGCGGAACACUGGAUUUGAAAGACAUGACUUUCUCCAACUGAUGUUGAAUGUACAGAAAACUCACCUAAACGGUUUUCAAAUGACUGAUGAUUUGAUCACUUCCAAUUCGUACAUAUUCAUGCUAGCAGGCUUAGAAACAUCGGCGACCACAUUGUCGUUUUGUUUAUACCAUUUGGCCAAGAACAAAGAGCUGCAAGAUCAAUUGCGGAAUGAGAUAAAGGAGAAAUUGACACAGUUUGGCGAAUUGAAUUAUGAUGCUGCGGUUUCGAUGAAGUUACUUUUGCAGGUUAUGUGUGAAACGUUAAGGCUGCAUCCUCCUACGCCGUUGACCACCCGUCUAUGUACUUCGUCUUGUGCUCUACCAGGGACUGAUUUGCAACUGAAAAUGAAAGAGAAUGUUCUUAUACCAAUUUGUUGCAUUCAACGGGAUCCAGCUCAUUUCGCUGACCCUGACACGUUUGACUCAGAGAGGUUUGCCAAUGACGCUCACCCGGCUGGGUUUAUAGCGUUUGGCGAUGGUCCGAGGAGUUGUCCAGGAGGUCGAUUCGCACAAUUGAUAGUAGUGGCAAGCCUGACAGUCAUUCUGAGCACUUUUGAAGUAGAACCGUGCGGAAGAACUUCUUCAAAAUUAGAAUACCACCCUCGAAGUGUCAUGCUUAAAAACAAAGAAGGCAUUUUUCUUAAAUUUAAUAAGUUAUAAUAUAAUUUAACCAAAUUGGUUGGCACUGAAAAUUAAUGUACCGUAUAUUAUGAUUCAUUAUUGUUUAUUGUAAUGCAAAAAUGCUGUACCGCUUUCCUUAUUGAUUCUGGACUGUUGACUUUAAAAAAACGUUGGUCUUGUAGCUUAAAAUAUAUCAUCAGAAAUACAGAACGGGAAAUGUAACCGACGGAAUGUUGCCUGUAAAAUGAUAACAACAUCAUUAGACAAUCAAAGCAUCUCAUUUAAUUCAGUGGAAUUAUUGGAUCACAGUCUUGUGAUGUAUUGUUUAGGCUUAUAAAUCAAAAUGUACUAUAUGUAUAAUGUUCCUAUUUUACUGCACUAUUAAUUUUAAUAUUAGUACAAAUGAUUGACAGUGAUAAAGCUAAUAAGGUUCUUAUUGUGAAAUUGAUAAUGUUAUCAUAUAAUGGGACGGAUUCAAUUAUUAUUUAUCAAUGUUAGGCUAGUAAGAUUGGAAUUCUAUUGAACAUAUUAUUUAUAGAUUUGGUAUGUACACAAUGGACAAACUGGAGUGUGAUUGGAAUGUGAUUAUCAUGAAUUUAAUCGUGUUUUGGGUUUAGACACUAAAUGGAUGUUAACAAACUGAACAGGUUAAAGUUGUUGUUGUUUUUCGUUACAAUUUUUUGUUUGAAUAUUUGACCCAGGAUUUUACAAAAGCUUUUUGUAACGAUAGACUAGAAACGAAUGUUUAAUAACAAUGGGGCUGGUUAGAUAUAGAAUCGUGACUUAAUAUAAAUUAAUUCGAAGUUUUCGUUUAAAGAAAAGUCUGGGCUGAAAAAUUUGGGAAAAUACAAAUGUAUUGACUGUCUAUAGAGAAGUCAUAACAAGAAAUAUGAUACAUAUUAAAUGUAGUAGAAUAGUUAGAAUCGUUCAAAUCCUUAAUAUUAAGAGGCAACUUAAAAGAAACGGUAAUAAUAUUUUUAGGGUCUAUUUGAUAACGAAUAAAUUUUAAAAUGUAUUUA